AUGGCAAGUACCUUAUUAGAUUUCUUGUAUCCUGUACAACUCUUGAAAGAUUUGAUUCCACCAACUUUUCUAAUCUCUAUAUUUAUCAGUUGUAUUGAAGACUCUGAAAAAUGUAUUUGCGCAAGAAUAGACGGAAAAAUAAAAGAAGGUUUUAUGGCUGAGGAGCUACCUAUUGAGAUCCUUUCGCAAAUUGCCGAACAUCUAUCCAAAAAGGACAAAGCUCUGUGUGCUUUGGCUUGUAAAAGAUGGAAAGUUCCGUUUCAAGAAUCCUUCUGGAAAAAUAUCAGUGCACAGUCUAUAGAAGAACUUUGUGAAAUUUGCACUAUCCCAAAGGACUCACUACACGAGAAUUCCUACGCUCUCGUCAAAAGUUUGGCGGUUGGUGGAAAAUCUACCUUUACUGCUUGGCUGGAAUGUGGUAUCUUUCAGAUAUUUUCGAGCUUGACACAUCUUGAUGUGAGAUGCUUACAUAUUCAGACUGUCGAUGUAUACGAUGCAAACCGUAGCGACUCAUUCAGAUCACUUAAGGAAAUGGAACAGCAAAAAGUUAUCAGCUUUAUCUCACAAUUCCCCAAUCUCGAAGAAGUAAAUAUAUAUUCUUACGAUGGACAGCGUAUAUUGACCUUUACCACGAGUGACAUAGACACUAUUCACAACAAUCUACCCCACCUGAAAUCUGUCAAGGGUCGUUUCUCUCUCGAUGAUAUCGACCAAGAUACUAUAGAUAAUCUUCAAAACACUAUACCUGCGCUCUCGGUAACAUCACUUGAUCUCAUCAUUACAAAGAAGGAUUGUAUAUGGUCGCAUUAUCUAUGGCUAUGCUACUUUAACCACAAGUAUCCAAAUCUGCGUCGCUUGAAACUGAGACUCGAGUGUGAUGAAAACAAAUUUAACUUUGAAGAGUACCACAAGAGAAAAGGCUUGGUUUCUUGUCCAAUCGUACCAGGAUUUACGCGCCUAGAAAGGUUUACACUCUAUACCAAUGACAGUACAAAAUUGUCGAAUGCUUUCUUUUGGGAUUUCUUUUACCAGUCAAGAAUUUAUAUCAAGCAUUUAACAUACAAGAACUUUGCAAGAAUAUCCAAUAUUGGGUUCCUUGAGAGAUCUACACCUUACUAUGUUUAUAACUUUAUACGCACAGAUUUUUCUUGCUAUUCACUAUUAGUGAAUCUCGAAGUCAAAUGCCGCCACAUCUCAAUCGACUUGGACAAUCUAUUGGAUAGCUGUACAGGCCUUAGACAGCUUCGAAUCUCUAGAGGAAAGCUGCAUAGUAGUAAUUCACAAGCAUAUAAGGAUAAAGCACAGCAUGGGUUGCAGACUUUGGAACUAGACAAUACGGUUGUAAUAACUUGUUUCUUUAACCAUCUGUAUUUCAGGUGCAGAUAUUUGGAACUUAUCAAGUUGACCAGACUACAAAUUUGUGGAAUAAUAUCCGAAGAAACGAAAGGAGUGAGCAUUGACAUGCCAUAUACAAAAACCCAAAAGUUAAUAUUCGACCGUGUUCAAUUCUACUCAUCGACCGAGCAUCUAAACGAAAGAACCAAAAUAAACUUGAUAUUGAUGUCCCAGCUCACCGAAGCCAGCCAGUCAGAUGAAAAUGAAGAAACAGCAGGUGUAGAAUCUUCUAUGAGCUACAUAUGUUGGCUUCACCGCUUCAAGGAGACAGAAAACGUUAAUAACUUUACGCAAUGGUACAGGGAGCUUUCGGAUCAAGAUUGCCAAGAAAUACUUGCUUAUUACCAUAAAAGCUCAUAUAAGAAGAAGAACAUCGGUACACAAGAAGUGCGAAAAGGUUUUGGCAGAAAGACAACGAAGAAGUUUUGGGAAGAUGAUCUUGGUAGAGGUUAUGUUGAAUGGGUGUGUAGCCCCCUAGUCGAUAAUAACGAUUCCUUAUCGCGUUUGAAGGACUCCAACUUUUAUAAUCCUUUUGCUCGGUUUCUUCCUUUAGAAUUAUUAGAGCUUAUCGUUGUUUCUACUACACCAGCACAACAAUCAACUUGGACGUCCUUUAUUUUGAUGUCUUAA